AUGGCCAAAUCUUAUGUCGAUUCGAUUAUUCAACCACAAAAAUAUCGUACAAAUAUAUACACACGUAUUUUUCCGUUACGUGUGAUGGCCGUUUUCAAAAAUUAAAAAAAAAAUAAAUCCGGUAGAGAUUUGUAUAGAAUAUUAUCCCUACGAGAGAGAAGCAGUUAACGAAUGGGCUAAACAUAGGAUUUGGACAAAACGAUUCGAUCCUCGGAAAACCCAUUCGUCAUUAUAUCCUCUCUCUCUUCAUAUUUUCCUGAUCGUCAUAAAAUGGCGACGGAAGGAGGAGUGCCGAAGAAGAAAAGCUUAUUCCUCCGUGACGUCAUCAAACUCUGCAGAUCAAUCGCGAGGCUAUGGCCUCACCACAGCAGACACCACAAGCUCUCUUCUUCUUCUCCUUCCUUCAACUUCGACCCAAAGGCGAAGCCCCGACCCGAAUCCAAACGAGACGCCAUUGAUCUUCUUCUUCCGGAAGCGAAGGCUGAUGUGAAGGAGGGAGGGGUGAGACUUUGUAGGGUUCGUAGCUAUCGAUACGAUGGUGCGGAUUUGGUGCGGGACAAGAAGCCGUCACUGUCGAGAAGUUGCAGCCAGAGUAGGGCCACGCCCUUGAGGCGAAACCUGUCAUCGUCAUCCUUCGCAAGGAGCAAGAGCAGUUGCAACAGCCGGAACCUGUCAUCGUCGUUCAGCUUUGGACCCUCCGUCGCAGCCUCAACCGUCCAGAGAACCUUCACCAACCCGAUAUUGUACUCGACCUCUGCUGCCACUGUGGCUAAGCCUCCUCCGACCAAGGAGGAACUCGUCUGCACGCUCGAGGAGCUCUGCAAAGGCUGCACCAAGAAGAUCAUGAUCAAGAGAGACGUCCUCAGCAGCUCGGGGGAGAUGAGCCAGGAGGAGGAGAUGGUGGAGAUAAAGGUGAAGCCAGGAUGGAAAGGAGGUACGAAGGUUACUUUCGAAGGAAAGGGAAAUGAAGCGAUGGGGAGCGUGGCGGCUGACCUGACAUUUGUGAUCGCCGAGAAAGAGCACAAGCUGUUCACAAGGGAAGGAGACGACCUCGAGAUGGAAGUAGCAAUCCCUCUCGUGGAAGCUUUGACUGGCUGUGAGAUCUCCGUCGCCUUACCUGAUGGGGACACCAUGAAUUUAAGAAUAGACGAUGUUAUUCACCAUGGGUACACCACCCUAAUCGAAGGCAAAGGGAUGCCGAGAUUAAAUGGAAAGGGGAAGAGAGGAGAUUUGAGGAUAAGGUUCCGGACAAAGUUCCCAGAAAGAUUUACAGAGGAUCAACGGGCAGAUAUCCGGAACAUUCUAGAAGGUUCCGCAUGACCGAUAUCUCUCUCUCAAUGCUUUCAAUUCCUCUUCUAGCAACAUGGUUUAGCUAAAACCUAAGAGGCUGUAUCAUCUUUCAUCUUUAAUGUAACAAUGAAGUUGAAAAGAAGAAACUGGUUCAUAGAUCA